AAAAUCCACUUAUAUAACACUAAUUCAUCGAAGUAUAUUACCAAAUUUUUCAAUUGAGCAUCAAACUAACUUCAAGUAAGUCAACUGAGUUUGGUCGACCCAAAAUCUCUUCUAGACGUAGCCGCACUGUCAAAAUCCGUAUGCCUACUGCCAAACUUUGCACGUUGCCAAUUGUCUAGAGCCUUCCAUAGUUCUAUGUCUUCUCAAUCUUCUUCUUGACACAAAAUAUAGGCUGUCCCAUGGCUUCAUAUAUUAUCCCAUUGUUCACGCACCAAAGGAUCACAUUCAGAGUCUUGCAACAAGAAAGUUUCAAAAAGGAAAAUGAUGGACGGUCGGUUUUGAGCCAUCAGAUGCUUCAGCGCUCUCCUGGUAGCCUCGUUGCAGAUACCUCUGCAAUUCCAACUUAGGAUAUCCAUAACAAUGGACACAAUUGCCAGAUCGAAAAAACCCUAGAGUUCAAUCUUAUCACCCUAGCAGAAUACCUCGGAGCAACAGACGUCAUCGAGAAUUAGAGACGACUGCUGGAAACGAUAUCUCAAAUUCUAGGUGGAUAUGUAAUUGAGAAAUUUGCAAAAAAGAAAAAAAUUAUCUAGGCUAACGGGUAAGUAGGUUACAAUUAUUGAAUAUUCUAGACCAUUAGAUAUAUUGUGUAUUUUAAUUAUAUCCAACGGUCUAAAAUAUUCAAAAAAGUUAAUGUAUGACAUACAUUAACAUACACUAGAAUUUUCCAUAUAUGUGUAUGUGUGUGUGUGUGUGUGUGUUAUAUGUGUGUAUAUAAAGGCUUGUUCACCUAAGGGACAGUUUUUAAUGGACUGUGAGGGAUAAGUGAAUCUGACGGCUGAAAAUAAAUGCACAGUUUUAAGCAGUGUUCUAAAACGCGGCCGCCCAGCCCGCCUAGGCGCUGGGCGGCGGGUCUCCGCUGCGAGGAAUGGCAAAUCGGAGCUUCUGGGCGUUUCUGAUUUAGGCGGGCUGCUUGGGCGGCUGGGCGGCCGUUUUUUUUUUUUUUUUUUUUUUUUUUGAAGUCGCGAUUAAGACCUAAAAACCCAAAUCCAUUGGGUCAGUUCGUCCCAACGCCGCUAAUAUCUCCUCCCUCUCCUCCGUGCUUCAUCGCUCCUCCUUGCUUCAUCCCUUCGCCGUCGCUCUCUCUUUCUCUCUGCCGCCUCUGCGGGUGAACUCUCGAACCAGAUCGGAACUCUGGAACCAGAUCGGAACUCUGAAGUCUGCGCUCCUCCGUGCUUCAUCUCUUCUCCGUCGCUCUCUCUCUUCGUGGCUCUCUCUGUCUCUCUGCGCGCGUGGCUGAGUUCUGGAACGGUGAAACCAAAUCGGCAGCUUCUCCCCUCAGCUCCACAGCUCCUCCCCACGAUGAAGGUUUCCAGAAUUACUCUGCAUCUGCAACUUCUGGGGUUGUUAUUGGCUGUUAAUGGCUUCCUCCAUUGCCAAGCUUGGCCAGCUCGUUACACCUUUGUGGUGGAAAACACUCCAUACAAAAGACUCUGCAGCACAAAGAACAUCUUGACUGUAAAUGGCCAGUUUCCGGGACCGACUUUGUAUGUUCACAAAGGACACACUAUCAUCGUCGAUGUCUUUAACAAAGGCAAUCGUAACAUUACUAUCCACUGGCAUGGUGUUUUGCAACCAAGAUAUCCAUGGUCGGACGGACCAGACUAUAUCACACAGUGCCCAAUUCAACCGGGAGCCAAGUUCACCCAAAAGAUAAUUUUCUCAAAGGAGGAAGGCACCCUUUGGUGGCAUGCUCACAGUGAGUGGGAUCGAGCCACUGUCCACGGUCCCAUCAUCAUAUACCCCAACAAGAAGAAGAAUUACCCUUUUGGCAAGCCUCAUGCAGAAAUUCCAAUCAUAUUGGGAGAGUGGUGGAAGGUAGAUAUCGGGAAGCUUUAUACACAAACUCUUCAAGCCGGAGGGGAACCUAAUACUUCCGACGCUUAUCUCAUCAAUGGUCAACCUGGCGAUCUGUAUCCAUGCUCUAAAUCAGAAAUGUUCAAGGUGAUGGUUGAUUAUGGCAAAACCUACCUACUGAGACUAAUCAACACCGGUCUGCAAGAGAUUCUGUUUUUCGCCAUCGCCAAUCACAAAGUUACAGUUGUAGGGACAGAUGCUAGCUACACCAAGCCUUUCACAACGGAUUAUGUCACCAUCUCACCUGGUCAAACCAUUGACCUUUUGCUCCAUGCUAAUCAGAGGCCUAACCACUACUUCAUGGCCGCCACAGUCUACGCAGGUGGCGCUGUUCCUUAUGAUAACACCACCACAGCCCUACUACAAUACACAAAUCGGGGUUACACCCCUUCUUCAACCCCUUUGUUUCCUGAUCUUCCUGCUCACAAUGACACUAGUGCAUCAGUUCAUUUUAGUGGUAGUCUCAGGAGCUUGGCUGAUAAAAACCAUCCCAUUGACGUUCCACUAAAAAUUACAACUCCCUUGUUUUAUACCGUCUCCGUCAACACGUUCCAGUGCCCCAAUAAUUCAUGUGCUGGGCCUAAUGGAACGCGUCUGGCCGCUAGUGUGAACAACAUUAGCUUUGUGAACCCUAGCAUUGACAUACUACAAGCUUACUAUUACCAUGUCAACGGGGUAUUUGGAACUCGGUUUCCAGAUUUCCCACCUUUGCUGUUUAACUUUACAGCGCAGUACUUGCCGCUGUACCUUCAGACCCCUAAACGAGGGACAGAGGUGCAGGUACUGGAGUACAACGCGACAGUGGAGCUCGUGUUUCAGGGGACUAAUUUGGUGGCAGGGGAUGACCAUCCAAUGCAUCUUCAUGGUUACAGUUUCUAUGUGGUUGGAUUGGGGCUUGGGAACUUUGACAAGGUUAAGGACCCUUUGAAAUACAAUCUUGUUGAUCCUCCUCUUCAAAACACCAUUGCUGUCCCUGUAAAUGGGUGGACUACCAUCAGAUUCAAGGCUGACAAUCCUGGAGUUUGGUUUAUGCAUUGCCAUCUGGAUAAGCAUAUGUCAUGGGGCAUGGAUACGACAUUCAUAGUAAAAAAUGGAAAGGGACCUAAAGCUCAAAUCUUGCCUCCACCACCAGAUAUGCCACCUUGCUGAAGGCUGGCUCUCCACAAAUAUGUGAUUCAUUUGAAUAAAUUUGGGCAUGCAACAUACAUGUUUGUUUGUAUAAGCAGAUAGUUAUUGAUAGCUACACUUGUACUGCUGUUUGGAAAGUGAUUUAUAUGAAGAAGAUUGCUUGCCUUAU